UUAUGAGUUAGAAAUAUGUGUUUGAAGAUGGAUUUUAAUUUUAAUGAAGGAAUCAAGAUUAUAUAAAGAUAGAGAAGAUGGUUAAGUAUCUCUAAAUAAAUCAUAAUAAUUAAUGGUGAAGGAGAGAUAAAAAACUCAUUAAUAAAUAUAAUUGUCAGAAUUAAAAAAUGAACAAUUAUAAUAUAUGAAAGAGAGAGCAUAUUGGACAAUAGGAGAGGAAGUGAUAUUAUUAAAGUAUGUAAAAUGCCAUGAUGGAUAAUAAUGGAAUUGGGAUGGAUUGAAAUAAAAGUUAAGAAAAAAAGAUGGAAAUGAUUGUCAAAAGAGAUAUGAUGAAAUAAGAAGACCAAAAGAUGGAGAAUAUGAGAAAGCAGAGACUCCAAUAGAUAAAAGUUGGGAUGAGAGAAAAGAGAGCAUAUUAUUAUAUUGUUAUAUGAAAUAUUAGGGUUAAUGGGGAAAGAUAUAAAAAAGGAUUAGUGAAUUUAGUAUUUAAGAAUUAUAAGAAAAAUUAAGUGAAGUAAUAAUAAUAUAUAGAUUAUAUAGAUACAAAAUUCAAGAGCAUUGAGUAAUUAAUGGAAUGUAUAUGGAGACUAUUAAUUAAUGGAAGGAAUUAUGAGAAAUAAGAAAUUUUAAGAAUUAGAAGGAUAAUUAGGAAAGAAUUAAGAAGAAAUAAUUAAUCAUGUUAAAGAAAUACUUGAAGAAUUAGGAAAGAAAUUUAGAAUUACAGAAAAUGAUUAUUUAAGCGAUAAAUCAGAAGAUUCUUAAUAGAUUCGAGAAAGAAUAUAAAUACUAAGUAGUAAUAAUAGUAAUAAUAACAGUGAAGGGAGUGGAUAUAAUAGUUCCGAUAAUUGA